AUGGCCGAACCAGAGGAAGAAGCCGCCAAGACGGUGGUCAAGAUGUCCCUUGCCACGCCGCUUAUUUACGUGGCGGUGAUGCUCACGGCAUUCACGGCAUUUUCCGUGCUUUACAAGCGCCACAGACUCCAUAAGUUGGUGUCUGUAGAGCCCAUUUUCGGAAGAAACUACCUGUUGGAGCUCUACGAGUCUUUGAGAAGCAACUACCAAGAUAAGCUGUUGUCGAAAGACAAGAGGCCGCCAGAGAAGGUGGUCAAGGCUGCUCUUUUGAGAAGAGCUGUGGAAGCUAUCAGAAGAUCGCUCAAGCUUAAAGAGAACGAGCCUGUGUUCACCAAACUAUACCAGGACGGCUUGAUUGGUGAUGAUGUGUACAAGCAGUUUGAGUUGCAGCAGAAGGUGCAGCAAUUGGAGCUCAAAGAUAUCGUGGAGGAGUGCCAGCUGUUCCACAAGGAGUGGCCUGCGCUGUUCUUCCCUGUUGUUCAGGAGAUCUGCUACAACGAGGCGUUGCGUCGGAGACUUCACGCCAUGGACGAUCGCUCGGAGCUGUUGUCGUUGUUGUGGAACUACUAUGUUGACAAAUCCGAGGUGAAGGAGGCAUCCCCAGCCCCAGACAAGAAGAAGAAGAAGAAGGCCCAGGCCUAA